AUGCAUUCCACUAAACCUGCCAGACCCCAAGGAAGCCGAUUACGGCCCGUAGCCGAUCCUCUCGAGAGGGUCGGCUUCAUUUCCAAGGGUGAUAAAACACUACUGAACCAGAAAGCCCAGGAGGAGUACUACGAUAAGAUUGUUGAGCGAUAUUUACGUUUCUGUUCUGAUCACCAAAAGGAUUUGGAUACUGCACACGCAUCACUUCCUAUGAGCUCAUCUAAUGAUGCAACGUCGAACCCCCCUGCAGCCCAACCAACUUCCAAGACAACCCCCGCGGCGAAGGGUGUCCCCCCACCAUCGGCGGAAUUGUCCAAGCUGCUCCUUUCCCUCCGGAAGCUGCGAGAGGGUAUUUUGGCUACCUCAGCAACAACUCUACCCGGAUUCGCCCAACGAGUUCAUUAUUUCUCGAUUCGACUGGCCAUUCUCGCGCAGCAUCCUCCGUCAUAUUUCCCUUCCCUAGAGCAUUGUCUGAACAGACUACAUUCCAAGUCCAACCCAAUGCCCGAUUUGGAAGUGAAAGACUUGGUUUCUUACUUGAUUCUCGAUUAUGCUUGUCGGCAGGAGAAUAUGUUAUUAGCCUUUGAGCUUCGCGCACGGGCGCGACGGGAGCACGCUUUUGAGUCGCAGGUUGUAGACCGCGUGUUGACAGCCUUGAUGCAUGACAACUGGGUGGUAUUUUGGCAGGUACACAAAAGUGUAGACUCCUACAUGCGCGCAGUCAUGAACUGGGCGGCGGACCGAAUGCGGAGACAUGCCUUGAAGGCGGUGGGUAGUGCCUACCUCAGCGCUCAUGUGGAUUGGGUCGUGGGUGGCUGCACCGGCGAUGAUGUAAAUUGGACGUGGGAGAAAUUACUUCAAGAAGAAAAUCUAGGCUGGCAGAAGGAGGGUGACAAGAUCAUUAUCAAACGCCCUAGAAUUCGACCACCGCCGAAUCCAGAACCCACGAAAGCACAAUAA